UGCAGUUAAGUUUUGCUUGUGAAUAGAUACUUUGGCGUUAGUUUGGUUUUGUGUGUAUAUCGAAAACAAGAAAAAUGUCGAGAAGGGCAAAGGCCAAAAAAUACUUCGAAAAUACGGAUGAAAUGCUAGAUUACCUAGAGAGUUUACAGAGUGACGAUGAAGAUAUUGAUAAAGUGUACCUAGAGCCGCCCGAUGAAGGUCAGGUGUCCGAUGAAGAUCCAGGUGAAGAAGACUGCGGCGGCACCAUCGAAAAUUUAAGCAAGAAGCAGUUGCAAGCGCCAUGUGAAUUAGUGUGUACUACCAACGACGAUGACAUACCUGUAGAUGAUGCACUAAACUACACGGAUGACGAUAUUGCCAAUUUAUUUAUUUUAUUUAUUUAUAAUAAUUCAUAUAACAAAAAGAGUUUUAUUAUAUAAAUACAUAAACGCAGCACUGGCUACGAGGCCUUCA